AUGGAUCAGGAUGCGAGGACCGUGCAAGAUCUCGAAGUGAUCACUCGGGAGCUUGCGAAAACCAAACUCGACAGCCUCUCCAGCACCGACCUCAUCGACACACCUAAAUCCGUCUCCACCCUUGUGGAUGUCCUCUAUAGCCAGCCAACAGCACCACCGUCUAUAUUUAUUGACCUUGAAGGGGUCCUUUUGUCUAGACACGGGUCUAUAUCUAUUCUUCAGAUCUUUAUUCAACCCGAAAAUCGUACAUAUCUCGUCGAUAUAUACACUCUUCGCGACAAAGCCUUCUUAACACCUGGGGCUUGUGACAACACCUUGAAAGACCUGUUGGAGACUGAUACCAUCCCGAAAGUUUUCUUUGACGUUCGUAACGAUUCCGAUGCGAUGUUCAGUCAUUUUCAGGUACGCCUUGCUGGAAUCCAGGACUUGCAGCUGAUGGAGCUUGCAACUCGCCGGUUCAACCGAAAAUUCGUCAAUGGAUUAUCGAAAUGUAUCGAGAAUGACUGCCCUAUGACUCCGGAUGAGAGAUCUCAUUGGAAAGAGGUCAAGGAACGGGGUGUAAAAAUGUUUGCUCCAGAGAAAGGAGGGAGCUACGAAGUCUUCAACAAGCGCCCGCUCCCUCGGGAUAUUUGGAUUUACUGUGUACAGGACGUCCAGUUUCUGCCUCGGUUAUGGUCGCAUUAUAAUGCCAGGAUGUCCAAGACGUGGCGCUCCAGGGUUGCAGAGGCCUCGAGGGAAAGGGUCAUUACAUCUCAGGCACCAACGUACAAUGGCAAAGGACGACAGAAGGCUUUAGCGCCGCAGGGCUGGGCCUACUAUUGA